AUGACCAACAGCAGCAGUGACAACCCACCAUUCUCCAGCCCCACGACACCCGAAACGCAUUUAAUCGCCGUGUAUUUCGAACGUGAAGACAGUAACAGUGCUGGUAAAAACGGUGAUUAUGUCGCGAUGCAUGUGUGCGUGGUGGGCAGAGACGAGGUAGUGGAGGUUGUAGAGCAGUACAGUGUUUUGAUACGUGAUGUGGAUUCGAAUGGAGAGCACGCACUCGACACCCUAACAUCAACCCUCGACGCCCUCACAUUCGCAUCCCACACAUUCGCACUCGUCACGCACGGAGAGUAUGAUAUCCGCGGUAAACUAAUCCACGAUGCAGCGCAACAAAAUAUCGUGCUGCCACCUCACUAUAACAUAUUCUAUAAUCUAAUUGACGAGGUGGGUAUAUAUUGUCGGGCUAGCAGCCGUGCCGUGCCGGCUGAUGUGGGGUUAGACGGAUUAGCGAAAUGUAUAUUUGGCGAUAGUGUGGACGCAGACGCAGAAGUGGUGCGUGAGAGCCCCGCUGUGACGAUGGGGAGGAUGAUUAUAGAAAUAUUUAGAUGGUGCAGCACGUAUACGGGCCCCGAUGUGCCGUUCACGGCUCCAAUCAACGUGACAUCUCAAUUAAAUGACUUUUUACAAACCCAGUCAAACAUAGUCAAGGUCGUUGGACUGCCAAUGAGGAUUGCGUACUCGUUUAUAGACACAUGGCUCUCUCCCCAAACCAUAAAACCCAAACAAGUCCUCCUCUCGCGCCAUAUUGACGGGUCGCCGAACGGAACCGCGUAUCUCGUGUUUGGGAGCCAUGAGGAUGCAAAGACGGCGCUGGCGCUAGAUUAUAGCUUGCUCGGGGACGAGAGGGUACUUGUGCAGCCGUGUGUUGGGAGUGAGGUGGUGGAUGUUAGGAGGGAUACGGUAUCGACGAAAGAGUCUGCGAAGCCUGGAGAUUGGGUGUGUGAUGGAUGCCAGUUCUAUAAUUUCGCAACCCGCAAAACAUGCUUCAACUGCACAAUCCCCGCGCACCCAUCCGUCCUCACAACACCCAUCGAACUCAAACCUGGAGACUGGAUAUGCCACUGCACAACGCACAACUUCGCCUCCCGCCACACAUGCAUGAAAUGCACAUCCCCACGUCCCGACACGCCUCACACGCCCCGCAAGAAAACAACAUGGACCUGCGCAUCCUGCCGUGCGAUAAACAAUGAUGGGAGACGGCAUUGUGGGGCGUGUGGGGCCGUCAAUGUGAAAACGAGGGUGCCGGAUCGUCCUGGUGACUGGACAUGCAGCAACUGCAAAUACUACAACUAUGCCUCACGAGAUAAAUGCCAUCGCUGCCACACCCUCAAGUCCCUGCCUCUCCCACCAGCAUCACUAGCUUCAUCGUCAGACACGCUCCACAGACCACAACGCACCUCGAGUUACGGAUCGGGCAGUGAAGAGCUGACGGAGCUUGAUUUCCAAGAGUCUAGACCUCAUCAUCAUCAGCAGCAGUAUCAUAUACCACAACAGCAGCCUCAUUAUCAGCAACAGCAGUAUCAGUAUCCAAUGUACGGAUUCACGGUGUAUCCGAAUGCGCCAAUUGUGUGGGCGCCGCAGCAGGCGUUUUAUCCGUUUCAGCAGGGGCAGCAGCAGGGACAACAGUUUUGGGGUAAUGAUGGUAGUGUCCUUAGGCCACCAUUGUAUGAUGAGACACAGCAGCAUCCACAACAAUAA